GUUUAGUCAAUAGGGAUAUUUCUAGUACUAUUGAUCGGGGCUAUUCACUAUUGUCAACCCAAACAAUUUUGUUUGUCGUCAAAGAAUAUGAAGCACGGAAAGAAUGGAGAAAAUCCCCAACACGAAGAUCCGAAUUAGAGUGCCGACACAAUGUUGAUAGAUAGUUCUAAGGCUUGAAUUUACAAAUGGAUAACCAAUAGUCCAGAAGAUUAUUGUGUAAUACUCAAGGUUCUGCCGAGUUAGCAUAGCCGUUACAUGGAAUAUAUGAAAAUAAUUCAUUCUCGCAGAAGAACCCUGGGACAUUAUAUUUCGCAGUGAGAAAGUGAACUUUUGCUCCUUAUUAGGAAUGGGACACAUACCAAACUUGAACUGAAGAGACCCUAUGUACCAAACCUCAACUCUAAAUUGUAUCAGAGUUAGAUUUAUCUCUCUGUCGACGAAGAACUGCGCAAACGAGGUAAUUUCACCGGUGUCGGCAUCUUGUUAGCUUUUCAUGAUGACGUAACUCUAGCUAGGACAGACGACCAAGCGAUGGGUGAUAUAACUGAAGGUGAAAAGGAAGGUAUCACAACGGAAAUUGGAAAUGAUGGAGAGAAGGACAAACCAAACGGAAAGGAAGUAGAUAAGAUGGAUGAUGAGAACGGUAUGAAGGAGGGAAAUCAAAGCGGAGACGAAAAUGUUGAUGAUUCAAACGAGAAUAGGAAUAGCCGAGAGAUGGAAGCGAAUCAGGAUUUAACUAGUGAAAAUGAUGGGAUGGUAAAAGAGAGCAAGGAACAGGAAGAUUGUUUCGAUGUUAAAGAAAAACCAGAGCUAGGAGAGAGUGGUCAAGAAUCUGAAGAGUCAGUGGAAGAGCAAAAUGAUCAGGGAAUUGAGGAUAAUUCAAUAGACGUUGUUAGUGAAUAUAACAAGGAAGUUCAUGCUGUGGAAGAAAACGGAGAAGGAAAUCUGGACGGAACCAGUUGUCAAAUUGAAGGAGAUCAAGAUGCAGGAAUUAUUGAUGGUGAUGACGAUGAUGUCGGAGAUAGCAUCAGUGUUCAUGGAUCUCCAAUGGAAGAUGGAAGGUAUAAGAAUGAUGUCGCUCAUAAAAACACCGACCUCACUGCUCCCGAUAAGGGAGACGAUAAGGAGAUCGAAUCGAAUGGGGAGAAUCGAAGAUCGAGCAUGAAGUCGGCCAAAAGCGUCAAGAAAUCUAAAACAGUGCGAGUGAAAUCAUCUAAAACAGUAUCCAGCAUAGAAGUUGAUAUGACGCGCAUCAUUCGAAACGAAGACGACAAUGAUUUCGACGUUGAUGAUGAUGACGAUGCGGUGACACGUGUGACAUGUGGUAAGAGUGUGGAUUUCUCGAUACCGGUGGAUGAGGUCGAUGAGGAACUUCAGAGAGUGAUCGAACGACCAGGAUCGGGGAGGACUUCAAUGAUGGAUAAUGAAGAUAUGAUUGGUCUUGGAAGAGCAGCUACCAUGAAUACACCUGUUACCAAUGAUGACAAGGAAAGCUUUGUCUACCAGCGUAGUAUUCGAACCCCGUCUCGUGAUGGUAUGUAUCAACAUGCAGUCAAUCUUAUUCGUAACCGAUGUCGAAGUCAAAGCUAUAGUACCCGAUCUCAACCUCAGGCUCGACGACGGCGAGACACACGACCACCACCAAGGAGUGCGGCCAGUCUACCAGAGACCAUUCCCACCACUCUCAUUGGAGGGGUUCCGAUGUUCAACCUCCCAAAUGUAGUGAAACACAUUACCAAGACUCCGUUCAACGACCAACCCAAUUCUUAUUUCUAUAUUUCUCAGUGUAAACCUUUACCGAUGAAACCCAUGAAGGUUUGGAAAGGUUACUGCGGCAACGUAUACUUUGAACCAAUGGUGUGUCGAAGAGCCCCGUUAUCUGCUCCGACAACGGAUCCUCAUCCCAACCAAAGAACAUCCUCAUCACAUCUUCCAGUCAUUCCAAAAUCAGCAGAAAUUACAACAAAUAAUGACACUGAAAAUACUGGGCGAUUCAACUCGCACUCUGCUACGACGUCCCGAUCACAGGCACAGAGUGGUCGCCGAACGGCAGCGAGUGGGACGAAGAGUGCGAUGUCGACACGCAGCACCGGACGCCAGCUUGCCAUUUUGGAUAAAACCACGGUCUUGAGUCGUAUGGAUUAUAAUGCUGCUGAAGAUAUAAAGUGGAUUAGUGGUAUCGAGUCAACAGGAACUCUUCAGAUCGGACCAUCGGGUGAUAAAUUGACUGGACGAGCUUAUAAAGUGUACAGGAAUGGCGAAAAGCACCCCAAGUUGAGGAUUCGGCGCGGACUCGUCAGCCAUAAUUUGGCGGCAAACAAUAAGAACUCUCCAAAAUUUGGCUUGAGCGGAGGACGCAUAAACGAAGACUUGACGACAAAUCGGAAUGCGAACCCUACGAACAGGACUCAAAACAGAAGUUUGCAUCAAGAAAACCAUGUCAGUCAUUCAUACCCGACAGAUAACUAUCACUGUGUGGAUUCAAUGACUGCUCUGCAACAAAUUAUGAAACGAAACGAUGGACACGGUCGAUCCAAAUUGGUGCAUAUCUUACCGUCUGCAUACGGUGAUGGAGCUAUCAGAGCGAAAGGAAAAUGAGAACUGUGUUCUAAUACUGCACAGGGAAACUAUCAUCUAUACAAUUCAUUAUCUACCGUUAAAGUUUGAAACAUGGUAUAUCUCCUAUAGAACUUGAACAUGAAAAAAAUCAAAGAAGGAAAUAUAAAAAGACGGAUAUAAUAAUUAAUUCAUGUGGUCGGCAAAAGCCGUCGUAAGUCAAAUUUCUGAUGACUAUUAGUACCCUCCGUUGUAACAUAUGUAACUCAUUAUUGCGAUCACAAUAUAAGUUUUUAUUAUAUAAUCUCCAGUAGGCUAUUCAGUCUCCAGUAAGCUAUUCAUGAAAACUUAUCGAGCUAGUUGUCAUCUUAUUAAUCGGCCACAAUACUAUACAUCAUUAAGUGAUAAUAGUGUUAUUCAGGUUUGAUGAAUAUGGUCCCAGAUGUUUGCCUAUGGAAAUGACAAAUGUUUUGUUGUUUAUUUAAAAUAACUAUGAAACGAUGCUUAAUUAGGGUUUGUAAGAAUACUUUCUUUGAUUAUAGAAUAUGUGCAGGAUGUGAAAAUUGACUGAUUUUGUCUUCCUCGUUAUGCCAGCAGCUGUAUAGUAAGCUUCCAAAUUCAUAUAUCAAAUGCUGUCGUCUUCGUGCAAAUAUUAUAUCCGCAAAUCGCUGUUUUCAAGAAAUCAUGACACAUUUACAUUAUGAAAGAUAUAUAUCGUGGUUUUUUCCCCUAGAAGUGGUCAGAAUUUUACUCUGAUCUCUCUCUCAUAUUUGAGGGUGAAUAAGAAAUUGAUAAUACAGAAGAGACUGCUACGAAUGUAUUAAUCUAUUAUUCAUUUCUGAAGACCGUAACAGCAAUGUUAACUCGCCAUUGUGCAACAUACUGUAUUUAACUUAAAUGGAAGAUCUUAAUCAUUAAGAGUCAGGGGCAAUCUUAUCAGCGUCCCUGAUUUUAAAUUGUCACCCUAAGCUAUAUUUAUAUCGAUUGAUGACCAUACCCAAACAAUAAAAGCAAUCAAGAUUGCUUGGACAUCCUAAAAUUAAAAUCAAUACCGCGAGGUUGUUUCAUAAUCAAAAUAGAAUUAGGUGGUGCGGAAUACCUAAACCAAGGCGAAAACACGGCUCAAAUUGUGAUGUCUAGGACUUCAUCGGGAACUUUUCUCACUAGAUGACAGACUUUUUGCAGCUUUACUGAAAUGUUGAUUUGUGAUUUUUUUCGUAAUUUUUGCCAUUUAGAAUGUUUUAUAUUAUGUGAAUUUUAAAUUGGACACAUUGUGUUCUAGUGCAAUAUUGUAUUUUUUGUUAAUUCUGAUAGCUUCUAUGUGACGUAGAUUGAACAAAGCUGCAAAAUUGAAAUGUAAUGAAUGACCAAUACAUUGGAUUAGAGCUGAAGGCCCCUAUUCAUAAAGAGUUUUUAUUGUAAAUUUUGCAUUAUUGCAACUUUUAUGUAAGAUAAACGUUGAUUGAGAUUGGCUGCUUGACCCAUGUUACCAUGGUAUUUGCUAUCAUAUCAAAGUGACAACUCUUUGUGAAACAGGCCUAUGGUAUUUGACGUAGAUUGAUCAAAGCUGCAAAAAUUGAGAUUUAAUGACUUCAUGAUCAAUAUAUUUGAUUGGGUCUGAGGUCUGAAAUCGGGAACAUUGACUGAGGCAACUAGGAGCGUGAAAUUACAAAAGGCUAUGUAGUAGUAUAUCUAACAAUAUAAUAUGAUUCGUGGCCUUGCCAUGUUAGUGUAUGCUCUUUCUAGUUUUGGGAUGAAAUGUGUAGGGAAUUCGUAUUCCUUGUGAUUUUGCAGGAUAUACUGACAUCGUCCGUGUUCCAUUCAACGACUUAUAGGCUGAAAAUAAUGGAACAUGAUAUGACAUUGACGGAAGAUUGUGAUCAAUGACUCAAGUGAAGUCAAUCACAUGUAGCUUUUAAUAUAAUUAAAGGCGACCAGUCACAGUGCCUCUAAAGGCCACCGCACACCUUACGACUGUUCGCGAUCCGAUUUUGGAACAGAUCGCAUUUUGCUCAUUUUCUGGAAAUGUGAAUGAAAUAUAUAAUUUAAUUUGAAGUUAAAAUUAAUUGAAAGAAUACUAAUAUAACCAUUAUGAAAGAUUGCAAGCCUUUAUUUUGAGGUAAAGGCCAAAUUAGUUUCAAAUCGUAGCCAAUCGUACGACUGCUAUGACGUCAUUACGACUUGAUAUUGAAUUCGCUUUUAUUCUAAGAAGGAUGAUAGCAUUGUCACAGCUUUGAACAUAGUUAUUCGUGCGAUGAUUUAGAAUAUUAUAUGGUAAGAUAUUCCAUGUUUCAAUAAUAGCAUCAAAUUCUACUACGCUUAAUUCCAAAAUCGGGUCGCAGACCAAUCGUAAGGUGUGCGGUCGCCUUAAUAGUCACAAGCCAUGAAUCUGCAAUUUCAAGAAUGACAAUUAUCUUGCAUUAUAUUUUAAAGGAUAUUUUCUAAUUAAUCGCAAUUUUUGUAUACACAUUUUACAAUAUAUCUUAUACACCUUGACGUUCUAAAUUUGAAAAUAAAUUGUGUACUAAAGUAAAGUAAAUAAGAUGCUUCCCCGAUUGGUGUUCAUACUAUACAUCUCGUAUACACUUCCAAAACUUCCACUCUUCACAAUCACAUUGCACGCUUAGUAUUUUCUUUCGUUUCAAUCUCCCUCCAUUUUCUUCUUAGUAGUGAUUAGUAGCCUAGAGUUUUUUUAAUGAAAACAGUGUCAUGAAGGUGCCAUUCCCGCCUACUUAUGUCUUUUCUCCCCUCUUUUUUGUUGAUUUUUAAAUAAAGUUUUCCCACUCAUCUUUGUUUUUUUACAUCCCCUGAAAGAGGUGCCAAUAUGUACCUUCCAUGCCUGCCCCCCCCCCCUCCUUCACCUAAGCUACGCCACUGACCAUGAUGACGGUUAUGAAUAUCUGUAAAUCAUAAAAAAACAGCUGAAAAGUUUUAUCUUGCAAUGUUUUUCUUUCUUUUUAUUUCCAAACUAGAAGUCUACAACGAUUACUUCACACAUCAAUCAAUGGAAUUAAUCUCAGAAAGGCACUAGAAAACAAUGAAAGAAAGAACAUUACAUCCAUAAAGGAAAUUUGACAGAAAUUAUCUCUGAAAAUGCACAUUAUUUUCAUUUUGUACAAGACUUCUUUUUAUAUCAACUCUUGUCUUGUGAAUAUAUCUCAUGAAAAAAGAACUGUCUAGGUAGGCACAGUUU